AGAGUCUGCACCACGUGUACUGUGUUGACUGUCAAAGUCUCAAAGAAAGUCCCAUUCGCGGAAGUGGUGGGUUUUGAGAUAAAUUUUUGUACCUGAGCUCCCCAAGUCUGCGAAUCCCCAACUAUGAGCUCCCAGGGCGUGCUGUCCUUUACCCAACAAGGCUGGGAGCAGGUGCUAAGCAAAAUGAAACGGGCUCUGGUCUACCUGGACGCCGCCUGCGCCGAGAGCCUGCACUGGAGCUGCGGAUCCACUAGGCUCCUGGAGGCGGUGGGGAGUCCUUCUUGUCACCUGCGAGAGUUCGAACCCGACGCAGCUGGCGGCGGAAUGGAGCAGCCCAAGGCAGUGUUUGUCCUGAGCUGCCUCCUGAAAGGACGGACUGUGGAGACUAUCCGAGAUAUCAUCCGCCGCAGCCACUUCCAGUAUUGUGUGGUUGUCACGGCUGUGAGCCACCCUGUCCACCUCACGGCUAAUCACGUGCCACCAGCGGCAGCAGCUGAGCUGGAGGGGCAACAGCCCGUGUUUGAGCAGUUGGAAGAGAAACUGUGUGAAUGGAUGGGAAACAUGAACUACACAGCCGAAGUGUUUUAUGCCCCUUUGUUGCUCGCCCCUGUUGCUCCCCACCUUGCCUUGACUCCGUCUUUUGCAUCUCUUUUCCCUCUGCUACCCCAAGAUCUGCAUCUCCUUAAUAGUACCCGGCCCGACAAGAGGAGACUGGGAAGCCUAGCUGAGUUGGAUGCCACUGCCCUGACCCCUGAGCUACAGCUGCAGAUCAGGUGCCUGGUGUCAGGCCUGAGUUCUCUGUGUGAGCACUUAGGAGUGCGAGAGGAGUGUUUUGCUGUGGGCUCCCUCAGUCGGAUCAUCGCUGCAGAUCUUGCUAAUUAUGCCCCUGCCAAGAACAGAAGAAAAACUGCCUCGGGCAGGGCGUCGGUGGUCUUUGUGGACAGAACUCUGGAUCUCACAGGAGCAGUUGGACAUCACGGAGACAAUUUGGUAGAGAAGAUAAUUACAGUGCUUCCCCAGCUCCCGGGUCACACGAACGAUGUGAUGGUUGACAUGGUAGAACUCACUGCACUGCAGGCCACAGAGGAGAAUCUCAGUAUGGUUGCCCCAGGCUGCCUCGCACAAUCCAAUGACACUGCAGGCAAAGUGCUCUGGGAAGCCUUACUGAACACCAAACACAAGGAGGCAGUGAUGGAGGUGCGGAGACAUCUAGUGGAAGCUGCGAGCAGAGAAAACCUGCCAAUCAAGAUGAGUAUGGGGAGAGUCACACCAGGACAGCUCACGUCCUAUAUUCAGCUCUUCAAGAACAACCACAAAGCUCUAAUGAAUCACUGUGGUCUCCUACAGCUUGGACUGGCCACGGUUCAAACUCUGAAACAGCUGCAGACUGCCAAAUGGGACAACUUUCUGGCCUUUGAAAGGCUCCUUCUCCAG